UGGUAAAUGGGGGUACUGUUAACCAUUGGUUCUGCAUCAAUUUUUCAAGGAGUGUUCAGGAUAGCGUUGCCCGUGGCUUUUGCUAUGAACUUUUGCUCAGAUGUGUUAUAUAUUUGGCAUGGUUUGUAUAUAUUCCUUUUAAUGAAAUUGUUUUGAAUGCAGUGUUUUGAUUAUUUGCUCAUUGUUAUUUUACCUGACAAUGAUGGAUCUCUUUAUGGUGAUCUCAAACGUAUAUGUGAGACAGAUCUUGGACUAGUUUCACAAUGUUGUUUGACUAAGCACGUCUUUAAAAUGAGCAAGCAGUACCUCGCAAAUGUGGCAUUGAAAAUUAAUGUCAAAGUGGGAGGGAGAAACACUAUACUUGUUGAUGCACUUUCACGGCGCAUCCCCUUUGUUGGAGACAGACCCACUAUUAUUUUUGGAGCUGAUGUGACUCAUCCACAUCCUGGAGAGGAUUCGAGCCCAUCAAUUGCAGUUGUAUGAAUUUUUGAUCAAAC